AGCUGCCUCUCACAUUAGCCCUUCCAUGUCUUCGUCACGAACUACAGAAGAGACCUACGAAGCACAGAAUGAUCAGCGACUAGAUGAGUUACAUUCAAAGAUACGCACAUUGCGCGGAGUCACCACAGACAUCUACGACGAUGCCGAAAGACAACAUCUGACUCUAGAUGAUACAGGAAACGCGUUCUCUAGCCUUUCAACAUCCUUGUCUCAGUCCUCUCGACGAGCUGCGCAAGCAUUCGGUCUCUCCGGCGCAGGCGGCGUUAGACAGAUGCGGAUAAUAAUGUAUAUUGUUGGCUCUUUUCUGGCACUCUGGAUAGUUUGGAAAGUGAAGGGGAUCUGGUGGGUCAGCGAAAGCGCAUGAGCCGCUGUAGUUGCUUCAUCGACUCGUUUAUACAGGACAAUAUACGUAAUAUCUAUACCCUCACAUGAAUCAAUGAUAAAAGCAACAGGAAUAUUGAAAAGGGACUCCCUCCUGCUACAUGCGUAGAUAUGUCACCCACAAGGCUGACUAGUGUCAACUUUCUGCCCUCCUCGAAUACUGCGCACCCUGGGUGGCGUGGGGAUCGAAAUGACUGAUUUGUGUGUACAUAGUAGUUCUUCCGAGUUCUCAUCUCGCGUUGAUCACCUUCCUGUAUUAUGAGAUUAUGCCGCCGCAUACUAGACAUACUGAUUAUAGACUCAAUAAAACAUACUCA